AUGAAGCUGGACGUCAAGCGUCAGCUCUACGCUCGCAGCGACCGAGUGAAAGGGGUCGACUUCCAUCCUCAAGAGCCAUGGAUCCUCACCACGCUCUACAGCGGCCACGCUUCCAUCUGGUCGUACGAGACGCAGCAAGUCGUCAAGUCGUUCGAGGUUACAGAAGUGCCUGUCCGAGCUGGCCGCUUCAUCGCACGAAAGAACUGGAUUGUCUGCGGUUCCGAUGACUUCCAAAUACGAGUUUACAACUACAACACUUCCGAAAAGGUCACCCAAUUUGAGGCACACCCGGACUAUAUUCGCGCAAUCGCUGUCCACCCUACGCUCCCAUUCAUCUUGACUGCCUCUGAUGACAUGACGAUUAAGCUCUGGGACUGGGACAAGGGUUGGAAAUGCGUCCAGGUCUUCGAGGGUCACAGCCACUAUGUCAUGGGGAUUGCCAUCAACCCCAAGGACACAAACACGUUCGCCUCGGCAUGCUUGGAUCGUACUGUCAAGAUCUGGAGCUUGGGAUCCUCCACCGCCAACUAUACCCUGGAGGCCCACGAGACCAAGGGUGUGAACCACGUCGACUACUACCCGCACUCGGACAAGCCGUAUCUUCUCACAACCUCUGACGAUCGAACCGUAAAGAUCUGGGACUACACCACCAAGUCUCUGAUUGCCACUCUCGAAGGUCACACAAACAAUGUAUCCUUUGCCUGCUACCAUCCCGAACUCCCCGUCAUCAUAUCCGGGUCUGAAGAUGGCAGCCUUCGCAUCUGGCAUGCCAACACGUACCGAUUCGAGCAGUCCUUGAACUAUAAUCUUGAGCGAGCCUGGUGUGUUUCCUACCAGAAGGGCAAGCAAGGUAUUGCCGUCGGUUACGACGACGGUGCUGUGGUGGUCAAGCUGGGACGCGAGGAACCUGCCGUGUCAAUGGACGCCUCCGGGAAAAUCAUCUGGGCCAGGCACAACGAGGUCGUGUCCUCCAUUAUCAAGGGUGAUGCCUCCGCCAAGGACAACGAACCCAUCUCCCUCCCUACCAAGGACAUGGGGACUUGCGAAGUGUAUCCCCAAACGCUGAUCCACUCGCCCAACGGCCGGUUUGUUGCGGUUUGUGGGGACGGCGAAUACAUCAUUUACACAGCCUUGGCUUGGCGAAACAAGGCAUUCGGAUCUGCCUUGGACUUUGUGUGGGGCUCCAAGGAGAAUAGCAACGACUUUGCCAUCCGCGAGUCGGCGAUGAGCGUCAAGAUUUACAAAAACUUCACCGAGAAGAGUGGCGGGCUCGACGUCGGAUUCCAGGCCGAUGGCUUGACUGGUGGUGUCCUCCUGGGUGUCACGGGGCAGGGUGGCAUCUCAUUCUUUGACUGGGCAACUGGUGGUCUGGUACGAAGAAUCGAAGUCGAGCCAAAGCAUGUCUACUGGUCCGAGAGCGGGGAGCUGGUGGCUAUCGCUUGCGAUGAUACCUGCUAUGUCUUGCGGUACUCUCGAGAGAGCUAUGUGGAGGCUGUCCAGUCAGGACAAGUCGAAGAAGAUGGCGUAGAGGCGGCGUUUGAAGUCAUUACUGAUAUUGGCGAGAGCAUUCGGACUGGUGAAUGGGUAGGGGACUGCUUCCUUUACACCAACGGCACCAACCGCCUGAAUUAUCUAGUGGGCGACCAGACCUACACGGUAUCGCACUUUGACAAACCCAUGUAUGUGCUCGGGUAUAUUCAGCGAGACUCGAGGAUUUAUCUCGCCGACAAGGAUGUCAACGUCACAUCCUUUGGGCUGUCGCUCCCCGUGUUGGAAUACCAGACUUUGGUUCUCCGCGAGGACAUGGAGACGGCCAACGAACUACUACCCACGAUCCCUGCCGAUCAGCUGAACAAGAUUGCGAGAUUUCUUGAGGGACAAGGCCACAAGGAACUGGCCUUGGAGGUUGCUACAGACCCGGAGCACAAAUUUGACCUCGCCCUGUCUCUGAACCAGCUGGAGACGGCCUUGGAGCUGGCCCGGGCUGCAGACGUUGAACACAAAUGGAAGACUGUGGGCGACGCCGCCCUGGCUGCCUGGGACGUGGCGCUGGCUGCGGAAUGCUUCACACAUGCCAAGGACCUCGGAUCGCUGCUCCUCGUGCAUUCGUCCACGGGCGACAGAGAAGGACUGCAGGCCCUAGGCAAGCAAGCCGAGGAGGCUAGUGCUCACAAUGUUGCCUUUUCCUGCUCGUGGCUGCUGGGCGACGUGGACAAGUGUGUGGAGCUGCUGACCAAGACGGGACGCCUGGCCGAGGCCGUUCUCUUUUCGCAAACAUACAAACCUAGCUUGACCAAGCCGAUUGUGCACGACUGGAAAGCGAGCCUGGAGAAGUCGAAAAAGGGCAAGGUUGCCAAGCUGAUUGGCGUUCCGGGAGAGGACGACGACUUGUUCCCGGAGUGGGAUGCCUGGUUACAGGCGGAGCGAGAGGGAGAGGGUGGCUCAGGAGAAGAGAAGGCGGACGAGGGGAUCAAUGGGGUCGCGGAUGGUUCCGAAGCUGAAGUACACGAUGAGGACAAGGCAGAGGCAGAGGCAGAGGCCGAGGCCGAGGCAGAAGAGGCAGAGGAAGAGGAAGAGGACGAGUAA